ACAACGGCUUGCUUUGCGCUCAUUGGCCACGCGUUCACAAUGGAGGAAUAUAACCGUUUUUACCGUUUCAACAUCCAUCAUUCAACUUACAUCUGAACAAUCAUGUUUUGUCACCAUAACCAAUGACUAUUUACAUAUUAAAUUACCCAAAACAAAAGAGUUUGUUUGACUCGGUUCCGACGGAUUCUCCUCUCUUUUUUAUGGCAAAUUUCAGAAUAGGAUCUUAUCUUAAUCUCCAUAAAAAAACAAUCCUGGUUAUAAGAUUUCAUGAGCCUGAAGAUCAAUAAGGAUUUAAAAACUGAUAAUAAAUUUCAUUGGCUUAUUUUGAUGUAAUCUAGAUUCUGGAAGUCUUGGUGAUUUAAAGAUCAAGUAGUUGUGUGAGAUUUCUUUUUGGUGUAGAAAGUGCUACUGGGUAAAGAUGGUUUCACAAGCUUCUGUGUAUGAUCAUACACAGAAUGCCUUGCAACAGUUUAAAUGGGCUACAAAGAGGUCUUGGGCUUUUUUCAUUCUCGUGGUCACUCUGCUCGUUGUUAUUCUUGUUCAGAUCAAGUCUGGGAACAUUCUUACCUUGUGGGCCAAGUCUGAUGAGAUACUGAUUCAGAAUGACAUGAUUUUUAAACCACAAGAAAUACAGAGCUGUUCACAGUUUGUGAGAACGAAUACAAGAAGGAAGAAAGUUGUGUCCAUUAAAGAUUUUGGAGGUGUGGGUGAUGGGAAAACUUUGAAUACUAAGGCCUUCCAGAAGGCUAUUGAUUAUUUGGAGAAUUUUGCUGCAGGAAAAGGUGGUGAUAUAGGGACACAGCUUACUGUUCCAUCAGGGAGAUGGCUGACUGGCAGUUUUAAUCUCACAAGCAAAUUCACUCUAUACCUUGAAAAGGAUGCAAUCAUUUUAGGAUCUCAGGAUACAGGUGAAUGGCCUUUAAUAAAUCCACUCCCUUCAUAUGGGCAUGGCCGGGAACGGCCUGGAGGAAGACAUAUUAGCCUUAUCCAUGGAGAAAAUCUGGAGAACGUUGUUAUUACAGGCGAAAAUGGAACUAUUGAUGGACAAGGCCAGAUGUGGUGGGAUAUGUGGUUCAACAAGUCCUUACAGCAUACAAGGGGCCACCUUGUUGAAUUUCUAAACUCAACAAAUAUAAUAAUUUCAAAUGUGACAUUCCUUAACUCACCAUUUUGGAAUAUACAUCCUAUUUAUUGCAGGAAUGUGGUUAUAAAACACGUUACCAUACUUGCUCCUCUUGAUGCCCCUAAUACAGAUGGUAUUGAUCCAGACUCCAGCUCAAAUGUAUGUAUAGAAGACUGCUAUAUUCGCAGUGGUGAUGAUCUUGUAGCUGUAAAGAGUGGUUGGGAUGAGUAUGGGAUAAAUGUGGGUCAACCCAGCUCAAACAUAGUUAUUCAGAGGGUGAUAGGCACAACACCAACCUGUUCAGGGAUUGGAAUUGGGAGUGAAAUGUCAGGGGGAAUAUCUGAUGUGCUAGUAAAAGACUUUAUUGUUUACAAUGCAUCUGCAGGAAUCAGGGUAAAGACUGAUACUGGAAGAGGUGGCUAUAUUACCAAUAUCACCAUCUCCAACUUCCAAAUGGAAAAUGUCAAAGUGCCCAUCAAAUUCACAUCUGAUUCCAAUGAUCAUCCUGAUAAUAAGUGGGACAUCAAUGCUCUUCCACUCAUCAGGGGAAUAAAGAUAAAAGAUGUUGUGGGUAAAGACAUACACAAUGCACCAAGCUUCAAAGGCCUGAAGAAGGCUCCUUUUGUAGAUAUUGUCCUCUCAAACAUUCAUUUGGAAGGCAUACCGCAAGGAAGAAAUUGGCAUUGUGAAUAUGUUGAAGGGUUUUCUGCAAAUGUUUCACCACCACCAUGCUCCAACUUCCUGCCUCAAACUAAAUCCAAUGGCUCUUCUGGAUAUUCUUAAUUAUGCCUGAACAGGAAGGUGGUGAAUUCUUUUUGUACAGAUUAUAAAUCUAUGGAAGAGAAAUUCUUUUUGAGUGCUUGUCUACCGAAGGAGAAAAUGCUAAAAGAUUAAUACGUUUUGUUUGUA